UAUUUAAUACUUAUUUUGACUGAUACACCAAAAAAACAAACUCUCAAGGAUGUGUGAAAGGACAAAGGGAGCUUUGGCAUUUACAACAUAUGGACAUGGACUUUUUUAACGAUCAGAUAUUAACCGAUUUAGAUCGAGCGGAUUAUGUGGGCGGCAUUGACAAUGAAGCCAUUUUCUUCGAAGAUUUACAAGUAACUGCCGGCAUAGGACGCCUCGGCAGCAACGGCAAUGCGGAAGGCAGACACAACACUAACAACAACAGCAGCUCUAACAAUGUGGUAAAUAGCCCAGCACUGCUGUGCAGUGCCAAAACAGAAACACCCGUUACAUCACCCACAUCAUUGAACAACAUUGGUGCCGAUAUUAUCCUGCCUCCAAUACCAACGGUAUCGGCACGCGUUAGUUUAACCGCCACACCACACAUUGGUAUAAACAAUGCCGGCAACAAUGGCCGGAGUUCAACUCAUACACACCUGCCUGAAAGUCCGCCAGAUUCUGGUUCGGAACCACCCUAUAGUCCGUUGCAGGAUGUUCAAGGUUUAACGCUAGCCCCAAGAGAUAUUUUCCAUGUGGGCCCGAAUACAGUGAGUGCCGUGGGCAGUGGAACGGCAGCGACAACGCCAACUUUGGCAGCAGUGCACCAAAAUCCACAUCAACACCAGCUACAGUCGCUAGAUCCACAUGCCCACCAUUAUGUCCAUAUGCUGGAUCAUCAAAUAAAUAUGAAUGGAUUACAGGGUGCCACACAAGACCCAACCAUCGGUGCAAUACGGGUGAAACAUGAAGCAGGCCUUAUCAUAAAUCCUAAUAGUUUAGCACAAACACUCAAUAGUCAGAAUUUGCCACAUCAUCACCAACAUCACCAGCUGCAGCACCCCGUAGAUACACACAUAGAGAUGGAUGGCCAGGAAGCCACUCAGCUAAUGUACUCACAGGCCACCAGUGGUGCAGCGAGUCCAGGUAACAAUCCCAGCAACGGUCAAUUGGUCUAUGAAACCUUAACCAAUGCCCUGGCCAAUGCACCACCUCCAUCUUAUCCACUAAGCAUGGCUCAAUUGGAUGCCACUCAAAUGGACGCUACCACCACUUGCAUGCUUACCUCAAUAGGCGACUUGCCUCAUGUACAGGUGGUGGGUACCGUAACGGGCAGCAUGCCCUCCACUCCCCAGCUAAAUAGAUCAAGUGCUCCCUCCACGCCCAAUCAUCAGUCGUCAUCGCGCAAACGCAAAAUGAAUACCCAAAUUGAUUGUGCCGACUUUGCCUGCGUGAAACCUGAUCCGGGCCUUAUGUUGAGCCCAUCACGCAGCUCUGUGUGUGCCACACCAUUGCCGGGAGAUGUGAGCAAACGUAGUGCAACAUCGCCACUUAAUAUACAACUGAGCUCCCACGAUAUAGCCGAUACGCCGGCGCACUCUACGGCAUCCCUUUCGCCGGCUUUGUCCAGCGUCAAUAUGGAUGGCAGUAAUAAAUCGUGUGACGCCUCUGGAGGCGGAGAUGCCCUUAGCCCGUGUAUACGAUUUACACCCUUCCAACCGCAGAACUGGCAUGAACUCUGCGAUCAAAAUCUCCAAGAGAUAGCGGUAGUCUAUUAUCGCGUGGACGCUGACAAGGGAUUCAAUUUUUCCGUAUCGGAUGACGCCUUUGUGUGUCAGAAGAAGAAUCACUUCCAGAUAACUUGCCAUGCCCGCUUGCAAAGUGAGGCGAAAUUUGUGAAAACUCCUUCGGGCCUGGAGAAAAUCAAAUCGUUUCAUUUGCACUUUUACGGUGUGAAAUUGGAAGCUCCCAAUCAAACGAUACGCAUUGAGCAGAGUCAAUCGGAUAGAUCCAAAAAGCCGUUCUAUCCUGUACAUAUCGAUCUCCAGAGUCAUAUUGUUAGUAAAGUGACAGUGGGACGUCUACAUUUUUCAGAAACCACCAAUAACAAUAUGCGCAAGAAAGGUCGUCCCAAUCCGGAACAGCGUUAUUUUCAAUUGGUGGUGGGCCUGCAUGUUCAUACAGCUUCUGGAGACUUUCCCAUCAUAUCACAGGGUAGUGAUAAAAUUAUUGUACGUGCCUCAAAUCCCGGACAAUUUGAAUCUGAUGUAGAUCUAUGUUGGCAACGGGGCCUAACACAGGAUUCCAUAUUCCAUGCAGGUCGCGUGGGCAUCAACACCGACCGUCCGGAUGAAAGCCUUGUGGUACAUGGCAAUCUGAAAAUAUCCGGCCACAUAGUACAGCCCAGUGACAGUCGAGCCAAACAGGAAAUCAAUGAACUGGACACUUCGGUGCAGUUGCGAAAUUUGCAAAAGAUUCGUAUAGUGCGUUAUCGCCUAGAGCCUGAAUUCGCUUUGCACUCUGGCCUAAAGUGCCAUCGCGAUGAGGAGGAUAUUGUCGAUACGGGCGUUAUAGCCCAAGAGGUACGUGAAGUUAUACCCGAUGCCGUACAAGAGGCUGGCAGUGUGGUGCUGCCAAAUGGCAGUGUCAUUGAGAAUUUCCUAUUGGUCAACAAGGAUCGAAUACUUAUGGAGAAUAUAGGAGCUGUCAAAGAACUGUGCAAGGUGACCGGAACACUGGAGACGCGCAUAGAAAAUUUGGAACGUGUUAACAAUCGCCUGCAAAGGGCCAAAGACAAUGAGCUGCAGUUUAUGCAUUGCAAGACCAUGGGCGGCAUAGGAGGCCACAGUUCGAGAGAUGGUUAUGAGAUCUGCUCCAAUCGAACUCUACAAAUAAUUAUAUUUCUUUUAGUUAUAGUUAUGGCUGCAUGUCUGGCAGCCGUCUCCACACUAUACUUUGUAGAACACAAUAAGAAACAUCACAACUACAAGCAAUUGGACAGCAUACAAUUGCUGAGCAAUGGUCACCUUUAUGGCCACGAUGGCAUCUCGUUGACUGAGCAGGAACACGACUUCAUACUGCAACGCAGCAUAAUGAAAUACAAUCGAACGCAUACCCUGUGGCCAAGUUAUACAAAUCAGUCGUCAUUAGGAGGACUAUCCAGAUCUCAAAGCCAAAAUGCCAAUCAUCCUUAUCGAGGAGAAAUCGCUGCAGCAGGUGAGGGGGAAAUUGUCUAUGAAGAUAUGCUCUUGCCUCCUUCAUCACAGCAAGCAUCAUCGCAUAAUGAUGAAAUUAGGGUGGUCAUGGAAAAACCUUCGGUGAGCCAUGAACUGUUGCAGCCAACAUAUCAUGAGCCCCAUAGAACAACCACAUCUCCGGUGUCGCGCACCAAUAAGACCAUUGUCAGCAAGCACAAACACAAAUGGCCUCAGCCACAAAUGGUACUGAGGGUUAUGCAGGCGGCCACCCACCGCAAUGCCUUACCCUCCUCUAAAAGCGAAGACGAGGGCUCGGCAAAUGAGGAUGUCCAAGGCAAUGCCCACAAUGCCAGCGAAACAUCCACCGAGAAAAUAUCCGAGGUGCUGUUGGUGCAACAAGAUUUCGAAAACAACUCCAUCGAUACCGACUCACAGCAGACAGUUAAUCGCCAUAAAUCUGCUAGCGCCAGCAAGAAGCGUCCAUCCGCUUCCUCUUCAUCCUCCUCCUCCGGCGAUGGGUCACACAGUGAUAUACAAAAGCUACAUGUGGACAACAAGGUGGCAAGUACAGCGCGCAGCAUCAAUGAUGACUCUCUCAUUUCACCCACCCAAUCGAAUCUGCUGAGACAUACCAAUGCCAAGGGUGGCGAUUUGAUUAUCUAUAAGACCGUAUCCCCACCCACAUCGACUACCACCAGCAGCACGGUAGCAGCCCAUACGGCCUCGAACAAGGUCAACACCGAUGCUCCCCAUUCGAAUUAUUCUCUGGAAACUCAGCCCAUUUCUAACAAAAGUCGCAAUUAUGUGGAGCGUAAUACGGACAACUCUGACAAUGAUUUGCAAAGCUUGACCAGUAAUAACAAUGAGUCCAUCUUCAAUUCUAGAGAUCCCGUUGACUAUGAUCUUGGUCUAGAGAAUCGUCAAUCACUUUUGGGCCUACGCUCUGCUGCGGCUGGAGUGGGUAACCAGCGAGAUCUAUCAAAUCCCAAUGUUUGGGUACAACGCCCUACAAUGUUUGUAGAGACCUUUGGUGAACCGGAACAGUGCAACAAUAAAGUUAUGCGUGACGAUAUAUCCAACUGUCAGUCCGUUUGUUUUGAGGAAAACAAUCAACUUUUGGCGCCCAUCCAACCUUCUCUAAAUCUCAAACAAAGCGAAACGAAUAAGGUGAAAUCCCUGCAACAAGAAGAGUUUGAAAACGAACAUCAAAUUGAAUCUGAAGACAAUGAUGCCAUUAUACAUGAACCGGAUGAUGAUCUGCAAGCAAGUUUUGAUGUGGUCCAGCCAAAGCCCAAAGAGAAUCACAAUGCCUCCCUGCUGACUACAUUGCAAGGCAAAUCGGCCCAUGCCACCCAGGCUUUGGCCAAAGAACUAAAUGUCGAUGAUCAACAACAGCAACAACAAUCCGAAUCGGAAGGAGAUGCCAUAUUUGAACACAACUUUAGCGAUGAGAAUCUUGAUGUGGAACCGAAGCUUAAAACGAAAGAUAAGACAGAUGAUGCCAUUGAGCAACCAAUUUUAUCGGUAGAACCAAAUCGACCUCCUAGCAAUUCCGAUUGUUGGAAAAUACGUAGCUGCAUAUUGGCCGAACGUUUGAAUAACACCUUCUCCUUUAAUGACUUCUGCCCGAAAUUGGGCAAGUCGGUGAAUGUGACAUACGUCAUACCACUGUCACGCUUUUUCAAGGAACAAAGCAUAGAAUUGCAUUUGACAUCUUCGUUACCAUUGCAAUGGGUGGUUUGCAAUCUUCAUGAACAUUCAAAAAAUAAUGGCAAACAUCUGAUCAAUUCUUCGCAACCCGGUAUAUCUGCUCACCAUAUCAUCCAUCAGUCACAAAAUGUUUUGCAACGGAGACGCAACACUUCACGACUGCUGCUCAAUAUACCAAGUCGGGGAUAUUUUGUUAAAGAUUUAAUUUUACGUGCCACCAAUGACCCUGAAAAGACCAACAAUUUAUGCCACGACAAACCCCAUGACACCAACACAAUACUGCAGUACAAUUUUAGAAUCUUAAGAGAUUGUGAUUAACACUUACACUCAAGCCACGUUAUCCUUCUUGAUCUAGACGCCUGAUGUACAAAGGACAUCAAAUACUAACAAGACGACAAAGUAGAAGAAGCAGAAUCAGCAGAACAACAAAAUCAACA